AUAGCCGCUGUGACGUGUCUGGGUUACCACUUCUGUCUGUGCGGUAACACUUUCGAUGUUGUCUUUCUGACUAAAAGAAUCAUGGCGGACUCAAACUCCUCUAUUCGCGUCUCCGGAUUUGUUCUUGGUUCAUUGAUGUUUCAGCACUUUAACAGUGAUUCUGAUGUGGAAGGUCUCAUUCUCGGGGAGAGCAAAGCUGAAGAGAGAAGCAACAUCACUGAUUCUCAAAUCGACAACAUACAGUUUGAGCAUACAAUAAACAUUCAGAAACACAUAUCCUGUCGCAAGCUCAAUAGCUUCUAUAAUAGAAUAGGGGAGGUGAACCAGGAUGAAAUAAGGCACAUUUUAUCCAACUAUAAGGAGGAGAAUGUGAUUGGUUGGUAUAAACAGCGGAGAAACACAGAUCAACAAAUGACCUUCAGAGAGCAAGUAGUCCAUGAGAACCUGAAGAGCGCACUCUCCAAUCACGAGCUGAUCUUUCUGCUACUGACACCCAGUGAGAUCACAACGACAGGCUCCACUCACAAACUGGAGUAUGCAGUCUACAGAUCACAUGGCAGUCAGUAUUGCAGUGUUCCUGUCCUGGUCAGCAACCUGGGUUUGUUGGAAGAGCAGGACUACUGGAGACUCUCUGCAUCUUGUUCAUCAGUCAACUACAACCGCGCUGUUAGGAAACACAGAUCUAGAUUCUUCUCCUCAGAUGGAUCUCUGCAGGAGGUGGAUGAGAUUAAUGACAUGAACAACUCCUUGCAGGGUGAACUGAAGACGGCAUGUAAGAAAGUGGAAGAGAGUGAACGAUUGGUCGAGAAGCUGCUUGCAGACGUAUCUGCUCUAAGAAGGACGCUCAAUGAGAGGAAACAAGAGCAGAGAGAAAUCUCAGCAGAUGGAGCCUCCACCCCAGCUCAGCCGCAGGAGAAUGUGCUGCUCUGCGAGGCCAUCAAAACACUAUUUCCUGGGGCAUCUCUACUCCAAACACAGGCUCUAAACUUCCAGGGGUUUCCCUUGCCCGAGUUCUGCUGCAGCACUGACCAUGGCAUAGACAUCGCCACAACACUGCCUUUGAUCCUGAGUCAUACACUCCCUAAAGCCAGGAAGGGGAGGCUUGGGAGAGUCGGAGGUACAUCCUGGAGAAAACGUCCCGCUCGUGAAUCAUCUGAGGUGGCCAAGAGGAGGAAAGGCAUGCUGGAGGAGACUGAGGGGUCUUUGUCAGUCAGUGGGUCAGAGACUGAGGAGGAUUUGAUCCCAGCCAAUCAGAACUUAAAUAAUUUAGACGUGUCCAACUCCCCGGUCUUCUGAGGACCAAAUGGACCACUCAAGAAUGAUUACUUUGCAUUAAAUGUCACUGUGUAUGGAUUAUAGGAAAUUCUGUGACAUUCCCCUGUAACAGUCCUCUAUCAAUGACUGAAAACUUGAUGUUUGCAGGGAUGCCUUCAAUUAGCUUAUUUUGGGGGCAAACAAAUUCAUUUAGAAAUAACUGUCCCAAGUCCUUGAGAUUAAAAUAACUUUAGUGUUUAUCAAUAAUUGUUUAUAUUCAAGCUGUUAUUGGACUUGUACAUAAUUACAUUACAUUAUUUUCACGUGUAGUGAGUUACGAUAAUUGGUCUCAUGGCUCAACCCAAGCAUGGCAGCUCAAAGACUAGACUAACAAGCAAUAUUCCACAUUAAGAAUGAUUUAAAUACACAAUGAUUACAGUAUCUAUGCUACACUAGUUCCACAAUACAGGCAGACAGUUAUUCCAAGUGCCGGAUGUCGAAGAUGUUUGGAUCUUUCAUAAAAUGUGGGUCCUUGUGGGUUACAGACAUGAAUCCUGUGGAGGAAAAUAGUAUUAGUAUUUAUUAUACAAAGGCCUAGAUGAUCAAAACAAGGUCAUUUUGAGCCAUAGACAAGUCUGUAGUACACAAUGUCAAAUACCCUGGUCAGUAGUGAUAAAUGGUGCAUUGACGUUUCCAAAGAGAAACUAUCACAGAGCAACCUCAAGGCUUAAUGCUGCUGACCCAAGAGUAUUGGAUCAUAUGAUAUUCUGUCCCAAGACCAGUCAAUAAUAAAAUGAGCGAUUUGAUGACUUA